UAAGCAUCUUAAAAUAUGCUUGAGGCCAGGGUCUUGCAUAUACUCCCCCAGCAUCUUAGAGGAGGAGGAGGAGGAGGAGGAGUGCAGCGGGGCCACAAGUUGCAUCAACCUCACCAAGCUCUUGGAUUGCUUCUGAUUCCAGUGACGCUGUAUGGUGUGUUCACCAACCACUUCUCUGCCAAUGGGCCUUCACGCUGCCUCCUGCUGGAGCUGCUGGAUAUCAGCGUUUCAGAGCUGCUCCUUCACUCCAGCAAUCAGGGCUGCUCCAUGUGGAUGAUCCAGCACUGCGCCCGAGAUGUCCUCGAAGCCCUGGCUUUCCUUCACCAUAAAGGCUAUGUGCAUGCAGAUCUCAAGCCACGCAACAUUCUGUGGAGUGCGGAGGAGGAGUGCUUUAAACUCAUUGACUUUGGGCUUAGCUUCAAGGAGGGGAACCAGGAUGUGAAAUAUAUUCAAACAGACGGGUAUCGGGCUCCAGAGGCAGAAUUACAGAACUGCCUGGCCCAGGCUGGGCUCCAGAGUGAAAUAGAGUGCACCUCUGCUGUGGAUCUCUGGAGUCUGGGAAUUGUUUUACUGGAAAUGUUCUCAGGAAUGAAACUGAAACAUACAGUCCAAUCUCAGGAAUGGAAGACAAGCAGUUCUGCCAUCAUUGAUCACAUUUUUGCCAGUGAAGGUGUGGUAAAUUCAGCCAUCCCAGCCUAUCACCUCAGAGACCUUAUCAAAAGCAUGCUUCAUUAUGACCAAGGAAAAAGAGCCACUGCUGAAAAGGCCUUGUGUAGCCCAUUCUUCAGCAUUCCUUUUGCUCCCCAUAUUGAAGACCUGGUGAUGCUUCCAACUCCUGUGCUGAGGCUGCUAAAUGUUUUGAGUGAUGCCUCUCUUCAGACUGAAGAAGAAUAUGAAGAUAUACUGGAAGAUAUUAGAGAGGAGUGUCAGAAAUAUGGACCUGUGGUUUCCUUGCUUAUUCCAAAGGAGAAUCCUGGCAAAGGCCAAGUCUUCGUUGAAUAUGCAAAUGCUGGUGAUUCCAAAGCUGCCCAGAAAAUGCUGACUGGAAAGAUGUUCGAUGGCAAGUUUGUUGUGGCUACGUUUUACCCACUGAGUGCCUAUAAGAGAGGAUAUCUGUACCAAACCUUGCUCUAGACGGCAGUAACAAUCAGGAGAGUAGUUUUAGCUUCUCUUCCUCAUUUCAUUGUGUUUUACAAUUGAAUGUACAAAGAGCUUCCUAGCCCUGCUUUGGAGUAACUUAAGGGAAGAUCAGUGAAGGACAGACACUGGGCUUGUGCCCUUUAUUGCUGCUUUAUGAAGUCCAAAGGAGGCCCACCUGGCUUCAAUUGCUUACAUUUUUUCUGCUUGUUUGGUUACAUUAGAAAUAUGUCUCUUCCCUGUCUUGGAAGGCUCUCGGGUGACUGGAGUAGUGAUAUUAGCAUGGGAUGUGAAGGCCAAGUAGUUAAUUGACAGGUACUUCUAGGCCAUUACAUUUAUUUUUAUUUCAACACUUUAACACUUAUUGUUCUUGAGAACUGGUGAUUUUGCUGAAUAUUCAACUUGUCCUUCAGUAAAAGGGAAGAGUCAAUAGUCUAUGUGCUCUUAGGCACCCCAAAGGGCCUCUAUCAGAUACAGGGAAGGCUUGACUGACUUUCCUGAUAAACCAGGUAAAGAAACAAGCAGAAGCCCCCACUUCUGAGAUGGGUGGAGAAGAUUUCAGGACUUCACAUCUAAUGAAGUAGUGGGCCACCUUGAGACUGGAUCCAUCUGGCCUGUAGGGGUGUCAAGUCACUGACUCCUGACCCAAGAAGACCUUUAAAACUUCCCUCAGCACUAAAUGUUCACUAACAUUGUCAGGGAAAUGACACCAGUGUUGGUGAGGGAACCUGUAGGCAGAUGGUAAAUUUAUAUGGGUGCAUGGGCUAGGAAGAGAGUGAACGGAUACAGAGCAGUUUCUUCAGGGAAAGUGCCAAUUUUAGUCCCGACAACCCCUGUAGCACCUUGUAACUAAAGUUAUACAGUAUCUUUGAAUACAUGGAGUCACCUCUUCUAGCUAAUAACUAUUGCUGGCACUAAAUGUUCUGCAUUCUAGUGCCACAUAGCCCAUGCCACGUAAGCAUUUUUGUAAAGGAAAGCUGGAGCAUGCAGUAUUCCUUUUUAAGACUUCUAGGGGAGAACAAAUAUUUAUCUAUUGUAGUUUUCAUGCUUGGCUUCUAUUGUGUUGUGUGUUGGGGUUUUGUUUUUUGUUUUUGCUUUUGCUGUAGCCAGUGUUAAUCCAUUGGAAUUGCAGUGGUAGGCAGCAAGCACUGACACUUUUGGUCCUUCUUUGGUUACACAAGGGCCUGAGGCAAUCCAAGAUCUUUCAUAACAAAAUGAUCCUACUUGAUUGACUGGGGGCCUUUUCUGGGGUGCUGUCUUUCCCAGUGCCACUGGGAACAAUAGGGUUAGCAAGUCUGGGAAUUAGAUGCUCUUGGGAGAGCAACAGUUUGGCUGUGACCAGCAUUGUUGCUUCAACGUAGGGUCCCUCCAAUACCAGUUAGUGGUCAAAAUCAGGAUUUGGCUCUACUCUUGCCUCUUUACCACUGAGCGAGAAUCACUUGUGCACCAGUUCCAGGGCAGCAGUUAGAAGGCUGCUCUUCCAUGGGAUUUGCAGAUCUGGUUUUCUCCCCCCACCUCCAUCUCUGAUAUCUCAUCUGAGACCGAUACUUCCAUUUCUCCUUUCAGACUUAGAGUCAAGUAGCCCUGUGGGGUCGAGGGAGCAGAAUGUCCAGGCUUGAACCUCUGGCACUUUUUUCAUCAUUCUUGUCCUGAGCCCCGAUUAAUUCAUUUUUCUACCAGAAACAUGCUGGCAUAGCUGUCUGAGCUGUCCCUCUCUGGGGAGAACUGCAUUUUGGCAGUUAAGUUGGUGGCAUCCUGCCAGCACUGGACUUUCCAGAAUUCUGCACUUGACCUUGCCUGCUGAUAUUGCUAAUAUGCACAUACUGUAUGUCAAGUGAGAGCUGAAGUCUGUAGCAUUUUGCAAGUUGCAUUGGUCUUAAUUCCUUCUUUGAUGUGGAGCAGCUGCUGCCACACAUGGCUGAAGUUGAAACUAGCUUCCCAUUUUUGUACUUUCCCUUCACUUACUCAGAACCAGUCGUCUUGAAUUUUUUUCCAGGCCAAGAAGAAGUGUUUGGUAUUAUUUUACCCCCUGAGAAAUUUGGUAAAAAUCAACAAAGGAGUUUUAACAUAAUGUUUUUUAAAUUUUAACUGAUGAUUGCUUCACUGAUCAGCCUUUUCCUGAGCAUGUCAGUUGGCUGUACCUCCAGUGGGGCUUGGCUAUAGGGAACAUGGCUUGCUUGGCUUUUGUUAGCCUUGCCGAGAAGUUACCUGUAAUGUCCUGGAGGAGUGGGAGACGGUAUGUUUAGUGGUUGCUUUGGCACACGAGGAGAUGAUUUUUAAACUACCAAAAUUCCAGACGUAUUGAUAUGUGAACUGACUUGCUGUUGACCCCUGCCUUCACUGCUCUGUUUGCUGAGCUUAGCCAUGGUAGGGAAUGACAAGGCCUUGUCGACAUUCAAAAUGCAGUGUUAACACAACACUUGCCAACUUGUUAAAUACUUUGUGCAGAGGGGUAGUGUUGUUUAAAAUUUGGUCAGCUGGAAUGACUAAGCAUGACAGUCCUUGUCUCAGCUCAGUGUUUGUCUUUCCUGUUUAGACAAGCCCUGGAUGGGAGAAGUGUAUCAAAAGGGGAGGCAUCCAUGGGGGUGCUUGGGAGGGAGCCUUGUAACCACCAGUUAGGUGAGUGGAGGAGUGUGUGGAGGGAUGGUAUUAAUCCAUGGACUUGAGGGCAAGGAAGGAUUGUGUUGCAGAUGAGCAUGGAGCAUCCCGUGCAGGGGCACUGAGUUGUGAGACCACAGGAAGGGGCUGCGAGGAAAAGACAGGAGUGCAUAUGCAGGAGUUACAAGUAGCCAGGAUGGGAGCAUGCUGUGUCUGAUGAAUUUACAUUGAGGAGUCUGAUGGGAGCUAAGAGUGGUAUAUAGUGAAAACAGAAGGUGAAGGGUGUGCCUGCACAGGACUUCAAAGACUCAAUUUUUCUAGAUACUAAACAGUAUGGAGAGAUUUGGCAAUGUUCUUCAUCCUCACAGCCAGUUUGCCACCCAGGUGUUAACUUCCUGGUGGUAAAUUAGCAGGCUUGGCAUCCCUUGCUGCAGUCCCAGGAGACCAGCCCAGUCCUGAUAGUCACAUGUUAGCUUGAGCUUUGGUUUAAACACCAAACUGCUUCCUUAGGGAAGAGCAAAAGGGGAGAAAGUGCCCCAAACCCUGCUUUGUACAGUGGUGCUGCCAUUUCAUAAUCUAGCAGGCUGCUUGUACCUCUUUGGUGUCCAUCAUCCAGGAGGGUGAAUUGGCCCCGUAACCUAAAUGCAAGCUUAGUGGAUCUUCACUGCCUCACGUGGUGCUUUCCCUACCUGGGUGAAGGCUCCCAAACACUCCUCUAUCAAAUGAAACCAAACCUGGGCUAGGAUCCUUCUGCAGCUGCUUCCAGGCCAUUUUCAGGCUUGUUGCCCAGCUCUCAUGCUGUUGUCUUGUUCUUCCCUCCUUGUAGGCUGUCUCUGGCAUACAGGCAUCAUCCUGGCUCUCCCCAGGCCCCUCUAGCUCUUGGCCUGGGUGCCACUGUUUGGGCCAGCAAUUUGGUUGCUCCCAGGGCAGUCCACACACCUGUUGGUUCCCAUAUGCCCCAAUAACUGCCAUUACUACCAUGGCUGUUCCCUUUGUCCCCUUCUUUUCUGUAGGAUAGAUUACUAUCUAGCUCUUCCUUUCCUGGCAUAUUGAGGGUAGCUGGAUGGCUUGAAGUAUUCAUAGGAAGAGUGUUUGUAGUUGGAUCCUGUGCUUUAAAAAAGGUUUACCUGUGCUUAAAAAAAAGAAAGUGUUUUCAAUUGUUGGAGCUGCUAAUCCUUAGCCCAGGAGGGAGAGCUGCCUGCUGUGAUGGAGAGUCACAUUCUUGUGCGUCUUGGCAGAGCUGAUUCUGUCAAAGAUGUUGGUUGGGCUUUUUUGUUGGAUAGCUUUAAUUCAGUAGAUUUGAACCAAAUACACCUGCAAAAUGCAGACUCCUUGAGUAGCUUUGUCCCUUGAUGCCGUGUGAAAGCAAGGAUCUGAGCACCUACCCAGGAAAGAUCCUAGGGUUCUUUUUGGUUGUCUGUUUCCUGGUGAGGAUUCAGGAUGUUAAUCAGGGUUGUCUUAGCCAUUGCAGUCUGGCCCCUGUAACUUCCCUCUACAGUUUUGAUUGAAUACAGAAAGGCACCAUGCAACUUCAGAAAAAGCUGAAUUUGAACCAGCUUUUGAGAGAGGACUUCUCAAGAGCCAGCCUAGUAAGCUUUCUAUAGAACAGUGUGGUUGAAACCAGAUCCAUUGUUUCUCAGUACAGGAUCCUUAUGGAUGCACCUGUAGCUUUGCAGCAUAGUAAAAAGCAGUUAGAAGCUGUUUCCUGUUGUAUCUGAACCAUGCACAGGCAUGUAAGCAAGUGAGUAAGUCCUCUAAUAUUGCCUACUGUUUGGUAGGUCUGGAUCUUCUCAGUCUUUAUUGUGGGGAGGGAGGGAAUUCACAUAAUUGCACAAGUUUCUUCUGGUUGAGAGCUUCACUGAGCCUCUUUAUCUGUGCCAAUGCAGCCUGCUGAAACAGUAACCUUCUUUUCACCAUUGUCUCUGGCUUGAAUGUUUUCUCUUACCCUGUCAUGGGCAGUAGCAAUCCCUCACUAGCAAAGGAAGGUUUCUAGGGUAUACUUUCUCAAUUUAGCAGAGCUGAUGAUGGCUGAGAGACUGAGACAGAC